AUCUUCUCUGUUUCCAGGAUGCUGUAUGAGAAACCAGAAGCUUUGAAGCCUCCACGGACAGGUGUUCUCACGGUGACUCCAUGGCUAGCGCCGAUUGUAUGGAAUGGACUCUACAAUAUAGACAUACUCAAUGCACAAUUCCACAAGAGAGGAGUUCACAUUGGACUGACUGUGUUUGCUAUUAGAAAAUACACCCAGUUUAUUGAACAUUUUCUGGACACAGCUGAGAAGUUUUUCAUGACUGGACACCGGGUCACUUAUUAUGUAAUGACCGACCAGCCCGCUGCCGUCCCCAACAUUACACUGGGUGAAAAGAGAAAUCUGGUUGUCCUGGAGGUCCCGGCCUACAAAAGAUGGCAGGACAUCACCAUGAGGAGGAUGCAGAUCAUUCGAGACUACAUCCAUGAUCAGUUUGUCAAUGAGGUGGACUAUCUGGUGUGUCUAGAUGUGGACAUGGAGUUCAAAGACCAGGUUGGGGUUGAGAUCCUCAGUGAUGUUUAUGGUGUCAUCCAUCCGGGUUUUUUCACAUCGUCUCGCAAGGAGUUCACCAAUGAAAGGCGACCUCUGUCUGCAGGUUACAUCCCUGAAGACGAGGGCGAUUUCUAUUACACGGGGUCCCAUUUUGGAGGCACGGUGGAAGAGAUCUACAAGUUGACCAACCAUUGCCACCACGCCAUGCUGGCUGAUAAAGACAUAAACAUAGAAGCUCUUUGGCAUGAUGAGAGUUAUCUCAACAGGUAUUUCCUGUAUUACAAACCCACCAAAGUCUUGUCUCCAGAGUAUUCCUGGAACUACUACUACGGAAACCCAGCCGUGGUGGAGAAGAAGAGAUUUAUUGUUUUCCCUAAAGAUUAUGCCAAAGUACGUGACAACCCGUGACACUCCAUACAGCUGAUUGAAGAUUGAGGGUUUUUACGUAAUAUCUGUGAUGCUCAUCCUCCACCUUAUUAGCUUAGACCUCUUUGGUCUUGAGUUCUCUUAUCUCGAGAGGCUUCUGCACUUUAUCCUCAUAGACAAGACAUGGACCUGACGAUCUAACGUGUACAGAUGUUGCUGCCAUUCUUGUGAAGCCUAUUAUAAUGGCCCCAUGCAAUGAGAUGAACAUUUUCUGA